GUCAUUAUACUACUACAGAUCGCAAGUUCUAUCUCAUAUAUACAGUAAUAGGUAUAAACUAUCACUAUUCCGCGGUUUUAACUUUUGAGAUGGAAUUUAAGUUUAUAUUGUUUUUUGUUCAAACGGCUGCCAUCACUAUGGCACACGUGAUUACAAUAAAAAACAACUGCCCGUUUACCAUAUGGCCCGGCAUACAAGGAAACCCGGGACACGGACAUCUUGAAAACGGUGGAUUUUCAUUGGGAGCCCACAAGACCCAUACGAUUAACACGUCUCGAGAUUGGGCGGGCAGGAUUUGGGGCAGAACAAAAUGCAGCGCUCAAGGAAAAUGCGAAACGGGCGAUUGCGGGAACAAGAUCAAGUGCAACGGAGCCGGCGGCGUGCCACCUGUGUCUCUGGCUGAGAUGACGUUCACUGGGUCCGGCGGAUUAGACUUCUACGACGUGUCGUUGGUGGACGGCUACAACCUGCCGAUCAGGAUGCUACCGACCGGGCAGUUCUCGUACACGAAAAAAGGCAAGUACGACUGUAAAGCGGCCGGCUGUGUUGCAGACCUGAACAGUAUGUGCCCAUCUGAGCUGGCCGUCAAGACUGGCUCCGGCGUGGUGGCGUGUAAGAGCGCCUGUGAGCGGUUCAACACGGACACUUACUGCUGCCGAGGUGCCCACAAAACUCCGGCGACUUGUAAGAGCAGCUCGUGGCCCAAAAACUAUCCGGCAUUCUUCAAGAAGGCCUGUCCGGAUGCCUACAGUUACGCGUACGACGACACGACCAGCACGUUUACGUGUCGCGGUAAUCCAUCCACCAAGUACGACGUCAUAUUUUGUCCUUAAGCAGCAACCGGCUUGUUUAUUGUGCAGUCAUAUGCCCAUAUAGGCCAUAUAGGUCCAGCCGUCCAGUGAUUUAAGACGAUUUUUAUAUUACACAUACUCACUCAUAUGACCACAAAUCACAUAGUUACCUAGGUUAAAAUAUAUAGUAUAUUAAACUAUAAAGUAAA